AAUUAAGCCACGACAUCACCUAAGGCCCGCCAACACUUGUUUUCACACGCCUGUAUCACGAGCCAUCUUUGUACAAACCUCGUAUCGAUGUGCUACCUGGCUACUGCGACCUGACUUUAGCCGCGAAAUUUGUUGUCAUUCCGCAGGAGCGUCACGUCUGCUACACGGCCGGCCCCUAAAACGCGCAAAGGCCACAAACAAGCUGUUUCUACUGCUUUGUUUCCAUUCCCCACCACCGCAAAGUACUCCAACAACUUCAUCCCGUGUUCUCUUUUUCUGGAAACUCAAAAAUUCCCAGUCGGUACCGACGAUCUGUCAUUCUAGAGUAUAUGAGAAAUACCGAGCCCUAGCCUCGAUACAAAUAAAAGCGCAAUUCCGAUGCCCGCGCAACCAUACGCGCCGGGCGCGCCGCCGCUCCUACUCACCAAACGCCUCUCGUCCUUUCUCCAAUCCAACCUCUCUGCGCACGUCCAUUCGGCACUCAUCACGACCAUCUCGGGGAAGCUGCUCUCGUAUGCGUCUCGGCAGCCCGUCAGCACCCUCCGCACUCAAUGCACUGUGGCCGCCUCGAUAUGGGCCAUACAGACCGCCGCAGCUGCGGAUCCGCGCGGGGGGCAACGACGCGCACGGGGAAGUGACGAGGACGACGGGUCAGAAGAGGAGGACGAGGGUGGUGAAGAUGGCCAGUCGGCCAGGAAGGGAGAGAGCGCGCUCGUCGGGGCUCUGCCGCCUUCGGCGUCCGCAGAGUCUGUCGCUUUGGCCCGUGCGGGACGGCCGAGGAGCAUAACGGUGCAGCUGUCCGGUGCUGUGGUGGUAAUAAGACCGCUCAAGAGCCCGUUGCUCUUCAUCUGCAUUGGUCCUUCUUCCGGCGGCGUUGAUCCCGGCACCGCGGCUACUUCGGAGUCGACAGAGGAGCAUGCGCCUGCCGCUGAUGGCUCGGGCAGCCCGCCCCAGGUUACGGUGUCGGCGGCGAUAGGCUCGCCCUCGGAAACGACCAGUGUUUUGAGCGCUGCCCCGUCCACUGCCGCUACAGUCACCAGCGUGGGCGCCUCUGCUGCAGUCUUGACCAGGCGACAUGCUGAAGAAAUGGCAAAGUGGCUGGAUGACAAAUUGGAGACGCUCUGGGUCCCGGAGGAAGGCGCUGAUGCACGAUGACACUUGGACCAUUCAUUCGCUGGUAAUGUUUGAUUCAACUGUCUGGUGUGCGAUUCCCGCUGCUUGAGCCUCGAAUGGAGAUCAACGGCCUGCUGUGAUUACACACCACCGGAAGGCUCUCGCACUAUUCAUCAGGCCCUUUCGAAUAUUAGGACUAUAUUGGCAAGAUGUUGGCCACUAGCCGCUACUGUUGCAGGACAGCUUCGCGGGGGGCCUCGAGCCAAAAUACGUGUGGAGACACAAGGAUUUGCAUGAGUUAACAGCACGGCUGGUAUUACUUAAAUCUCACUCUUACCAACUGCGACCACCUUUUAACGCUCCGCGGGAGGUGGGAGAUGGAGGAUGACGCUGUCAUGGUGAGUACAUGGCAUUGUCGCUGCUUGGGAAUAGACGCUAUGAGAUGUGUGGGUUGUACAAGAUGGACGGACAAUAGACUAGGAGCGCUCGACGAUGGCAUAUAUAAGGUCACAUGUCAUCAUCUUGAAACACAAAAGUCGCAUCCAUGGGCAAAUGGUUACGUCACGUUGCUUUUUUGUUCAAUCUUUUAAAUAUCAUCAUCUUCAAGCUCCACCACCACCGCCUGUCUCGGCCUCGGAGAAGGCGUCGAAUCCGACUCGUCGCCAUCGUUCAACGCAAGGCGCUGCAAGGACCCGACCUCGGGGUCCCCUCCGGUGAUCACCAGACCUCGGUCUCGAUCGCGGCUCUGCGACAUCUCGUUCCAGGCCUGGAUCUGCGCGGCAAACUCUCCGUGGACCUUGCGGGCGAGCCUGACUAUGGAGUCACUGUCCUCGGAUGACUCUUCGCCGGCGGCCAUGGCGAUGCCCAUCUCCUGCGCCAUGCCCAACGUGGCAUGCGUGUGGGUCACCAGCCGGUCCAUCAGGCCGAGGUUGAAGUCGAUGGAGCCGUAGAUGUGGCUGGCGAGCAUGGCGAGCUCGGUGGUGCGGCGGUUCCGUGGCAUGCGCCGCAGGAUCUGGAUGCUCUUGUUGUAGUGCUCGAACCCCUGCCGCUCCGACAGGGCGCGCGACGCCCGGUCCCCGACCCAGUAGACGUGCCGCGUCAGACCCGACCAAGACAGCGCCGCGUGCAGCAUGCACGGCUCCGUCUGCGCCGCCCGCAGCAUGAUGCGCUCCAGGAACGGGGCGUUGAGCGAUAUACCCAUGGCCUUGACCGCCACGUUGGCGAACAGGUCCAGUUUGACGAGUUCGUCGGCGCUCAGGUCCGCGAUGAAGCUGUUUGGCCCUCGGCUGGACAGGAUGAGGGCGGAGCUGCUGGCGGUUUGUUGUUGUUGUUGUUGUUUCGACUGCCCCUGCUGCUGCUGUUUCUUUUUCGACUUACCACGAGCCUUGGCGGGUUUAGGCUCGGGAUUCUGGGGUCCGGUCAGGAAAUCGCAGGUCCAGCCUGCUCGGGUGCAGUUUUGGCACGAGGGCUUUUGUUCGUCGCAUUUUCGGUGUCGUUUUCUGUGUGAGUGUGCCCGUGUGAGUGAGUGAGGGAUAUAUAGUGAUCUCGUUUUGUUCCUUUCUCUUCUCCUUUGAUAGGUUGACCAGGAAAAAGAAAAAAAAUGAUGGCCGAAUUUUUAAAUCAAGAGGAAAACACCGAUUCCAAACAGCACCCACCACACCCAUAACACACGUGCGCACUCAGGCCCGGCACAGCUCUUUCUUACUUGCAUGUCUGGCA